ACACUGGGCAGGGAGGAAGGAUACUUUGGGUUCUUCUCUUAUGGUAAGUCCUGCUCCAAAGCCCAGGAAGAUUUAGUCUCCCUUGCAGAUUUAUGAAGAAUCUGCAGGCUGCAGAGUAACCUGCAAGCUUCACUUUAUGAAAAGGAUGGUGGGUUGUGACCUGCUGUGGCUGGCUGCAGCCUCCUGCGUUCUGACACUGGUAUCUCCAUCUACAAUACAUCAAGGUUAUGGGAGGCCCAGGAACAGCUCCAAUCUGGACUUGGACUGUGGAUCCCCUGACUCUCCAAGUUCUGGAAUCUGCUUUGAUCCCUGCCAGAAUCACACGGUCCUGAAUGAUCCUACCAGAAGCACAGAGAACAACGAUUCAUCAGUUGCAUGGUGUGAUGAUAACCUGCACGGCUGGUACCGCUUUGUGGGUGAUGGAGGAGUGAAGAUGCCAGAGACCUGUGUGAGUGUGUUCCGGUGCCACACCUCUGCCCCCAUGUGGCUGAGUGGAUCUCACCCCAUCCUUGGAGAUGGCAUUGUCAGCCACACAGCCUGUGCCAACUGGAAUGAAAAUUGUUGCUUCUGGCGUUCUGAGGUCCAGGUGAAGGCCUGUUCUGAAGAACUAGGAGAAUAUCACGUGUACAAGUUACAGGGUACCCCUGAAUGCAGUCUGAGAUACUGCACAGACCCCUCCACUGCACCCAAGAAUUGUGAGAUUACUUGUCGUCCUGAGGAGGAAUGUGUAUUCCAAAAUAACAACUGGUCCUGUGUCUGUAGGCAGGACCUCCAUGUUUCUGACUCUCAGAGUUUGCAGCCUCUUCUGGACUGUGGAGAUAAUGAGAUCAAGGUGAAGUUGGACAAGUGUUUGCUGGGAGGUAUGGGUUUCAAGGAGGAGAUCAUUGCCUACCUCAAUGACCGGAACUGCAAUGGUACCAUGCAAGAUGAGCCCAACAACUGGGUGUCCAUGACCAGCCCUGUUGUGGCUAAUUACUGUGGGAACAUCCUGGAGAAAAAUGGGACCCAUGCCAUCUACAGAAACACCCUUUCCUUGGCCACUGACUUUAUUAUCAGGGACUUUCGUGUCAAUGUCAACUUCCAGUGUGCCUACCCACUGGACAUGAGCGUCAGCCUCGAAACUGCUCUCCAGCCCAUUGUAAGCUCCCUGACUGUUGAUGUGGACGGAGCAGGAGAGUUCAAUGUCAAGAUGGCCCUCUUCCAAGACCAGAGCUACACAAACCCUUAUGAAGGAGCCGAAGUGUUGCUUCCAGUGGAGUCUAUACUCUAUGUGGGUGUCCUCUUAAAUAGAGGGGAUACCUCCAGGUUCAAACUGUUGCUGACCAACUGCUAUGCCACCCCUUCAGAAGACAGGCAUGACCCUGUGAAGUACUUCAUCAUCAAGAACAGAUGCCCAAACCAACGUGAUUCCACCAUCAAUGUGCGGGAGAAUGGUGUGUCCUCAGAAAGCCGAUUUUCAGUGCAGAUGUUCAUGUUUGCUGGAAAUUAUGACUUAGUUUUCCUGCAUUGUGAGGUUUACCUGUGUGACUCCACUACUGAACAGUGUCAACCAUCUUGCUCUACAAAUCGACUUCGCAGUAGUAGACCAGCCAUUGACUAUAAUCGGGUUCUGGAUUUAGGACCCAUCACUAAAAGAAGUGCUCAGAGUUCUGCUACCUCGAAGGGGACUCCCCACACUACAGGGUUCUUGUUGGCCUGGCCCAUGUUCUUCCUGCCUGUCUUCCUGGCUCUACUGUUCUGAGAGGCCAGCUGAGCACCUGGCCUUAAAGUUCUUCCCUCUGGCAAUGGCUCACACCCAUCCUUCAGUAGAACUGGAUUCCUCUGUGAAUCAUUUCGAUUGCCCUGGAAAUGCAAUGUAUAUUGAUAACUCCUGGGUAGAGUUGUCCUGUUAGUGGAUGGGAAAGGGCAAAUCCCAUGAUCCUUUCAAAAUGCCUCUUGUUCUGACAGCUAAUGACUUGAAUACAUCAACCCUUGCAUUUAUUCUA